AUGAAUAGUAUUACCGGCAUGCUACCUGAGGACUGUAACGUCCUGCGAGACGGCAGCCAGCAAACCAUCCAAGCAUCCGAGGUUGUCCCUGGAGACGUUCUAUUCUUCAAGGCCGGCAACAAGCUUCCCGCCGACGUUCGUUUUGUUGAAGUGUCUUCAGACGCCAGAUUCGACCGGAGUAUCUUGACUGGAGAAUCGCUUCCAUUAGCCGCGGUCAUCGACUCUACGGAGCAAAACUACCUUGAGACAAAAUGCAUUGGUAUGCAAGGUACUCACUGUACAUCGGGAAGCGGCAUUGGCGUCGUCGUGGCUACAGGAGACAAUACUGUUUUUGGUCACAUUGCGAAACUGACCAGUCAACCAUCUACCGGUCGAACCACCCUGCAAAAAGAGGUCCUUCGAUUCGUCACCAUCAUCGUCUCGCUGAUGGUUGCAAUGAACAUCAUUGUGAUUGCGGUAUGGGCCGGCUACAUCCGCCAUGCCCAUCCCGGCUUUAUGAAUGUCGCGACCUUGAUUGUCGACAUUGUGAGCAUUGCUAUUGCCUUCGUACCCGAAGGUCUUCCUAUUGCUCUCACGGCGUCUCUCACCAUCACCGCCAACAUCAUGAAGAAGAACAACAUCCUCUGCAAAUCAUUGAAAACCGUCGAGACCCUUGGGUCUGUCUCGGUUCUCUUGUCCGACAAGACGGGGACUCUCACAAAAAACCAAAUGGUCGUCACCGACUGUUUGGUUGGCUUCAGCACAAUGACAGCAAUCGAAGCCGCGCAAGAAGUCAUCAAUGAAAAGUCCGAAGGCAAGUCAAGAAAGCAAGCGCUCGAGCAACUUCGCAUUGCAUCAGCUGUGUGUAAUGCUGGUGAAUUCGACCCUACCACCAUCCAUCUCCCUCUCGCUCAGAGAAGGAUCAUUGCCGAUGCCACGGAUCAAGCUAUCUUGAGACUGUCGGAAAGCCUUGGGCCAACCACAGAAUCUCGAGACAUGUGGCGCAAACGGUUCGAUUUGGCCUUCAACUCGAAGAACAAGUUCGCCCUACGAGUAUCGUCUGCUGUUUCCGUGGCUGCUGCCGCGAUGACGAUGGGCGCUGCCGAGAACGGCACGUUCGACGUCGAGAAGGACAUGCUUUUGAUGAUCAAAGGAGCGCCCGACAUUCUUCUGCCCAGGUGCGCGAAAUACGUUGGCGAAGAUGGUGAAACUCACCAGCUUGACGAGGGCAUCCGAUCUUCGAUCGAAGCAACGAAAGAUGCAUGGUCGAGCCAGGGCAAGCGUGUCCUGCUCAUUGCUCGUAAACCUCUGUACAGCGACACUGUGAAGACGGAUCCGAGCGACAACGACUUCGAGGCCGAGGCAAUCGAGCAUGCUCGUCGGGGUCUGACUCUAAUUGCGCUGGUCGGCAUCGUGGACCCACCUCGAGAGGAAGUCCCCAGCGUGAUCGAAACACUUCGCCGAGCAGGCAUCCGCACAAUGAUGGUCACAGGUGAUUUCAAACUGACCGCGCAAGCCAUUGCCAGAUCGUGUGGUAUCAUAACUGUGCCAGACGCGCAAAUCCACAGUGUGAAGAACUUGCCCCGUUUCCCUCCCCAAGACGUCGAGGCCAAGCCCGUCUCUCGGUUCUCUCGGUCCAAAGCCCCGAAGAGAACUCUCCUCAUGCCAGCUGAAAACAAGGCCAUUGUACUUACCGGACCGGAGCUCAUCACGCUGCUUCCACACCAAUGGCACGCCCUGACGACACAGUACACCGAAGUAGUCUUCUCGCGGACGACGCCGGACCAGAAACUCCGGAUCGUCAAGGAAUUCCAGUCACGCCGCUAUAUUGUCGCCAUGACUGGCGACGGAGUCAACGACGCGCCCAGCUUGAAACAAGCGGACAUUGGCAUCGCGCCGUCCUCGGGAUCCGACAUCGCCAUCGAGGCUUCCGACAUGGUCCUUCUGGACUCCUUCUCCGCCAUUCCGGAAGCCGUCCUCUACGGCCGCGUGGUGUUCGACAACCUGAAGAAAACGAUCGCCUACCUCCUCCCCGCGGGUUCGUUCGCCGAGUUCUGGCCCGUCAUGACCAGCGUCAUCUUCGGCCUGCCACAAGUGCUGUCCAGCUUCCUCAUGAUCAUCAUCUGCUGCUUCACCGACUGCAUCACGGCAACGAUGCUCGCCUACGAGAAGCCCGAGGCCGAUGUCAUGCUGCGGCCCCCACGCGAUGUCCAGCAUGACCGACUCGUCGACUGGCGCCUUUUGUUACAGGCCUACGGCUUGGUCGGUAUCCUCGAGACCUUCAGCGCCUUUGCGAUGAGUUACUGGUAUCUCGCGCGCAGGGGCAUAUCGUUCGGCUCGUUGUGGUUCGCAUUCGGCAACAACCCGCCUCCGACGGGCAUGACGCAGGACGAAGUGACCCAUCAUCUCACCGUUGCGAGCUCCGUCUACUUCGUCACAUUGGUGGUCAUGCAGUGGUUCAACGUCAUGGCUUUGCGGACCCGACAUUUGUCCAUCUUCCAGCACCCGCCGCUGUUCAACAAAGCGACCCGGAAUUGGUUGCUGUUCCCUGCACUGCUCUUUGCACUGGUCGUGGCCUUGAUCUUCACCCUCGUUCCCGGUCUCGAGGCCCUUGGGUGCGACAACGUGCCCGUCGAGUAUUGGUUCCUGCCGAUGACCUUUGGCGUCGGACUCUUGGGUCUAGAUGAGCUGAGAAAAAUGAUGGUCAGGAAGUAUCCCGGAGGUUUCUGGGCGAGAAUAGCCUGGUAG